CUGCUUUUGGCGUGAAUGACGUGUGAAGAAUAUAAAAAUAUAUUUAUCUUCCAACCACCCAAUGUGCAAUGAAUGGUUGGGUGUAAAAAAAUCAAAUCACCACCAACCGAUCAAAUUAAGUGCAAGCGAGUGUAAAUAAAAAGUAGCAAACAAAUAAAUUAUAGAAGAAAGAAGAACAAAACUUACCUUAUAUAUUUCUCAUAAACACAUAUAAGUGGUGGGAAGUGAAUAUUUAUCGCUUGGUGGAAUAAAAUUAACCAAUACAUCAAGCAACCAAUGAUGGUCAAAAUUUUGGGUCGUCCAUCAGUAAUGUUGAUGUAGAGUGUUAUUGUACAGAUUUAUCUCCCUCACAGUCACAGCGACAAUAACUCUUUCAGCUAGUGUGAUAUAUUGCACAUCAAAUUACGUACUAUCUAACCAACUUGCACCCUCAAAUUUCCUUUUGAAAGAAAGAUCGAUGACAAGUUGACAACGUUAAACAACCCGAUUGCUUAGUGGGCGAUAUAUUAAAACAUCACCGUGCUAAUCAGGGUAUUAUUUAAACAAUUUGAGCAUUAAGUUCUGAUCGGCUGAAAACAACACCAAUAUGCCAUUUCGUUUUCUUGGUGGGUUCAAUCAACUAACCAAAUCCUUUAGCAAUCAAACGUUUUGGAUCCAUGUACACUGUCUUCAAGGCUUUUAGCACCGGUAAAAUUAUUGAAGGAAGGGUGGAAUGGUAAAAUCAGAUUUUCCUCUUUUUUUUUUUUUUUUUUUUCUGGAAGAAACUUUUGAAAAAUCGAAAAGCUGAAUUUAUUUAAAGAGGGGCGUCCACACUCACUCAUCAGUCACUCUCUCACACAAUCUUCUCUGCAUUUUUCCUUUCCCCCAAACAAACAGAGCAGCUUAGCCGCUCCUCUUCCCUCCAUCAAUGGCGGCCGCUUUGAGGAGCUUCCUAGGGAGACGAUCGGCUCACCAGUACCAGCCGCAGCUGCUCCGGAGCGUGGAGAAGAUGUCGACGGAGGCGGCCGCCGGUUCCCCCUCCUCUUCUUCCUUCGCCCAGAGGCUCAGAGAUCUGCCCAAACAUCUCCCCGGCACUCAAAUCAAACCCGACGCUUCCAAGCUUAUUGGGAGAACUCCCCUUGUGUUCCUCAACCAAGUGACUGAAGGUUGUGGAGCUUACAUUGCUGCCAAGCAAGAAAUGUUUCAGCCAACAUCUAGCGUUAAGGACAGACCAGCAUUCUCAAUGUUUGCAGAUGCAGAAGCUAAAAACUUGAUUUCUCCAGGAAAGACUACCCUGAUAGAGCCAACUUCUGGAAACAUGGGCAUCAGCAUGGCGUUCAUGGCAGCAAUGAAAGGGUACAAGAUGGUUCUGACCAUGCCGUCUUACACAAGCAUGGAGAGAAGGGUAUGUAUGAGAGCAUUUGGAGCCGAGCUCAUUCUUACCGAUCCAACUAAAGGAAUGGGGGGAACAGUGAAGAAGGCGUAUGAUCUUUUGGAGUCUACUCCAGAUGCAUUCAUGCUUCAACAAUUCUCCAAUCCUGCCAACACUAAGAUCCAUUUUGACACCACGGGUCCUGAAAUUUGGGAAGACACACUGGGACAAGUGGACAUCUUUGUGAUGGGCAUUGGCAGCGGAGGGACUGUCUCUGGUGUUGGACAGUAUCUGAAAUCACAGAACCCUAAUGUCAAGAUUUAUGGAGUUGAGCCUGCAGAAAGCAACAUUCUGAAUGGUGGCAAACCAGGUCCUCACCAGAUUACGGGAAAUGGAGUAGGGUUCAAACCUGAUAUAUUGGACAUGGACGUGAUGGAGAAGGUUAUUGAGGUUAGCAGCGAAGAUGCAGUGAACAUGGCUAGGAGACUGGCCGUGGAGGAGGGGCUCAUGGUCGGCAUCUCAUCUGGAGCUAAUACAGUGGCGGCACUUAAACUGGCACAGCUGCCAGAGAACAAGGGGAAGCUUAUUGUGACGAUCCAUGCAAGCUUCGGGGAGAGGUACUUGUCGUCGGUGCUGUUCCAAGAGCUGAGGAAAGAAGCUGAGAACAUGCAGCCAGUCUCUGUUGACUGAACAAUCUGCAAAACUUCUUCCAAAUUGUUCAUGUUCCAGGCAUCCUCUCUGUCUGUCUGUCUGUCUGUCUGUCUGUUUGUUGUGUUUUACAGCUUUAGUUGGUGUGUUUGCAGCUCCUAAUUGCCAUCUCCCUGCGUGUAAUACUUAUACUAGUGCUGCCUCAUUACAGAAAGCAAACUUAAUAAGAUCCCUCGACCUAUCUUUAUCCUUUUUUUUUGGCCAAUAAGUCCAUCAGAUACAAUACCCUCAUCUGCCCUCCUGAAUUAUUCUCAACGAUGAUGACGGCAUGGUAACAGGGGGGAAUUGAGCUUCAGGAGUCGCUUCAGCAGCUCUUCCAGCCCGCUCCGGCUGUAAAUCCCAUUCUCCAACAUCAUCUGGGUCAUCGAAUCCCUAAAAAAUCCCCGUACGCGCGGACAAUCAACUUGGUGGUGUGUAGAUAAGAGAAGUUACCAACUGGAAUACUGUGUACACUGUACAUUCCCAGUGAAACUGAUAAAACUGUUUUUUUUUCCCCAGUAAUUCUAGCAGACCUGUGUGAAUUCAGAUCUCCUCAGUUCGGCUAGGACCAUAGUUCUUAAAUUCCCGAAUUUCUAUGCGAAUCAAGAUCAAGAAAAGGAAGUUUUCCAAUCAUUGACUCAAAUCCAUUGUCAAACCCCACUCAGCCGAAUAUGGAGGUACUUAUGGCCGAACGGGCCAAUCUGGUCUUUCACAAUAAAGUGAUAGAUGGGACUGCCAUUAAACGCCUUAUUAGCCGAUUGAUAGAUCACUUCUUUCCACAGAGGCCAGAUUUAGCCCAUGAUAAAAAAAUAGAAAACAAAAUGCGUCUGCCGAAACUGAUAAAACUGUUUUUUUCCCCAGUAAUUCUAGCAGACCGGUGUGAAUUCAGAUCUCCUCAGUUCGGCUAGGACCAUAGUUCUUAAAUUCCCGAAUUUCUAUGCGAAUCAAGAUCGAGAAAAGGAAGUUUUCCAAGCAUUGACUCAAAUCCAUUGUCAAAUCCCACUCAGCCGAAUAUGGAGGUACUUAUGGCCGAACCGGCCAAUCUGGUCUUUCACAAUAAAGUGAUAGAUGGGACUGCCAUUAAACGCCUUAUUAGUCGAUUGACUCAAAUCCAUUGUCAAAUCCCACUCAGCCGAAUAUGGAGGUACUUAUGGCCGAACGGGCCAAUAUGGUCUUUCACAAUAAAGUGAUCGAUGGAACUGUCAUUAAACGCCUUAUUAGUCGAUUGAUAGAUCACUUCUUUCCACAGAGGCCAGAUUUAGCCGAUUAGCCGAUUGAUAGAUCACUUCUUUCCACAGAGGCCAGAUAACGCCUUAUUAGUCGAUUGAUAGAUCACUUCUUUCCACAGAGGCCAGAUUUAGCCGAUUAGCCGAUUGAUAGAUCACUUCUUUCCACAGAGGCCAGAUAACGCCUUAUUAGUCGAUUGAUAGAUCACUUCUUUCCACAGAGGCCAGAUUUAGCCGAUUAGCCGAUUGAUAGAUCACUUCUUUCCACAGAGGCCAGAUUUAGCCGAUUGAUAAAAAAAUAGAAAACAAAAUGCGUCUGCCGGGAGUCGAACCCGGGUCUAUUGCUUGGAAGGCAAUUAUCCUAACCGUUGGACUACAAACGCCUUGAUGUUAGCCUGUACCCAAAGACGCUUAUCAUACAAUAAUAUCAGAUUCCACGACUUUUGUUAUAGGACUGUUGUCCAUGUAUAACUAAUAUCACAUGUCCUCAUGCAUGUUGGAUUCAUAAGUAACGUAAAGAGUGAUUUACUGAUAAUAAUUGAAGAUGGCCGCA